AUGUCGAAAAAAAAGAAAUCUGAUGUAAAGUUAAAGAAAGCAGAGGAGAAGAAGGAAAAACAACUUUCAAAGUCACAAAACAGAUAUUUGAAAGAGCUAAAACGAGAAGGCGUUGAGGAAAUUCUUAAAACAGUGGAAAAUUUUGACUUAAAUUCUAGAAGUGAUGAUCUUGAGAUUCAAUGUAGUAUUAUUCAAUCUGAAAGGCCAACUCCAAGAAUCUCUUCUUCAUACAAUAUACAUCCGAUAUCUGGCGAAUUAAUUAUUUUUGGUGGAGAAUAUUACGAUGGUAAGGAGGCAAAAUGCUUUCAUGACCUCUAUAAGUGGAAUAUUGAUAAAAAUGAAUGGAAACAAGUAGUAAUCAGUAAUAACAAACUAUCAAGCAAUUACUCAGGUGGCCCUAAACCUAGAUGUUCCCACCAGGCAGUUAUUUUUAAUGAGUGCUUGUAUAUUCAUGGCGGAGAAUAUUCUACUGAAAACCAGUUCUACCACUUCAGAGAUUUAUGGCGACUUAAUUUGAAAAACUAUACAUGGCAGGAAAUAAAAACUACAGGGCUUAGUCCUACUCCAAGGAGUGGGCAUAGAAUGGUAGUUUGGAGACAUUUCUUUGUGGUUUUUGGAGGUUUCCAUGAUACUGUAAGAGAAACACGAUACUUUAACGAUAUCCAUAUACUUGAUACAAAAACGUUACAUUGGGUCAGAAUUGAUUCAUCUAAAUAUGAAUCUUGUCCAUCACCAAGGAGUGGAGUUCAAAUGGUUCUCUGCUCAAAUAGCGAUCGUAUUUUUAUUUAUGGUGGAUAUUCAAAAAUUAGGGACAACUCGAAGAAUUCAGUUGGAAAAACACACUCUGAUUGUUGGUUUCUAGAUAUGAAACCAUUUUUAAGUGAAGGUAAACUUCCAACUUGGGAAAGGGUUUCCAAAAAAGGUACUCCACCAUCUGCAAGAUCUGGUUCUACAAUUAUUGGAUAUAAAAAUCAGUGUAUAAUUUUUGGUGGUGUAUUUGAUCAGGAUGAUGAGCUCGGGCUAAAUCUUAAUUCUACCUUUUACAAUGAUUUAUAUAUAUUUGAAAUAAAUAAUAGAAGGUGGUAUGAAAUUGAGCUUUCCAAUAGUAAAACUAAACUAGAAUCUCAUGGCGAUAAUCAAUCUAAAAUGAAUGAUUCGAAUUUAUUCGAAGAUGUUGAGUCACCUAAAAAAGAUGAGCUCUGUAAUAUAAAUCAUUUGGAUAAUUUUGAUUUAUCUGAAAAACUAUCGAACACUAAAAACAAGUUAUCAAAAGUUAUUACAGAACAAAGCUCGUCUAAUAGCAUUAUAUCCAAUGAUAAUAAGUUAAUAGAUACAAAAGUGAAUUAUUUUGGAAAAUAUUCUGAAAUUAUUUUAAUUGACUCACCGCUUCCAAGAAUUAAUUGCGGAAUGUUUUUAAGAGGAAAUUUUGUUUAUAUUUAUGGUGGAUUAUUUGAGUCGGGGAAAAAAACCAUUACUUUAGAUGAUUGUUGGUGUUUUAACAUUUUGAAGAAAGAUGAGUGGGUAUGUGUACUUCCAUUAAGUAUGAAAUCUCAAGAAUGGGCUGAUUCUGACUCCAAUACAGAGAGUGAUUUAUCUUCUGAAUGCCCUAGCUCAUCGACAGAAAAUUACUAUUUAGGAGAAGAAAGUGAUAUUAGUGAAUUCGAACAUGAGUUAAAUGAAACUGAGCAAAGUGAACUCUCUAAAAAGGCUGUUGAAGAAGUUAUCAAAAAAUAUCAUUUGGAUGAUUCAAACAAAACUCCAUUUCUUGGUGAAUCAAUGCGUGAUUUUUUCAUGCGUACAAAAGCAUAUUGGGUGAACUUAGUUAUGAGCGAAGAAACUGGAGUGAUAAUGAGUGAGAAAGAUGUAUCAAGGAAUGCGUUUGGGCUAGCACAAGAAAGAGUUGAAAAAAUAAAAACUUACAUGAAUUUAGUCGGUAAAUUUGAAGAUAACCAGACUAAAUGCGAAAAUUAG